UUCAUUCAUGAUUUUCGAAAUCAUUCAAUUGUUAGUUAUUCUAAAACUAUGAGUGAACAAUCGAUCGUGGCCGUGAAGGCCAGCGUAAUGUUGUACGACGACGGCGUUAAAAAAUGGACCCAUUGCGGAACGUGUCCGGGUAUCUCCAAGGUUCAAGUGUACCAUCAUUCGAUUCACAACUCCUUCCGGGUCGUGGGAAGAAAGAUCAACGAUCACGAAGUCGUCAUCAAUUGCUGCGUUCUCAAAAAUAUGAAAUACAACAAGGCCACCCCGACUUUCCACCAAUGGAGAGAUCAGAAGCAAGUUUACGGGCUGAAUUUCGCCAGCGCUCAAGAGGCCGACAAUUUUUCCGACGCCCUUAUUUCGGCAGUGUCUACCCUUAACUCUUUAGAUCGAUCCCCGGUUAAAACCAACGUAAACGGCAGUGCGAACGGUUAUAACCACGCGCCGUCUCACAAUAAUAUCGCCUCGACGGGGGUUACCGCCGGUCACCAUCACAGGAAUCAGUCGGUCGGAGGGAACCCUUCCAACGGCAACUCGCACAAUUCCGCCAAUCAGAAUAAUCAGAUUCAUUACUCGAAUGGGAAUUGCAACGGGUAUUCCGGGUCCGAUACCCGGCUCUCCGAAUACCACCCCGGAAUCGCCAAUCGCAAUCACAAUGCGCAGAGCUACUACGGAACGAGUUACAAUAAUGCCCCUCAGAGAGCAGAAAACGGAUGGGCGGAAAUGGAUAGAAACUCCGUAGCGGCAACCGCUGUCUCCAACGCCUUACCCAACAAUAACGAACCCAUAUAUCAUCAAUUAGGAUCUCAAAUGACGGGCAACAUAGCUAACGGCCAUUAUUCCACGGCUCCUCAGCCACUCAUAUACCAACAAGUUGUCCCGUACAACCCAUCUUGUCAGAAUGACCCCAACAAUAUAAACGUCAAUAGUAAUAGUAAUAAUAAUAAUAACGCGCCUAGGCAAGAAAAUAUUUAUAUUUCGAAUAACUCGGUCAAUAACGUAGAUAAAAAUAAUAUAAACAUAUACGGGAUGAUGGUUCCUCGCCCUCCUCCGUUGCCGAAAGUGACCGAUAAGCUGGCCGCGGCUAUAUCGAACGUUAAAUUGAAGACCAUUUCCCAGGUCCCCGCUUCAUCUAUAAAACAUCCGAUAAUUCCGUCGAACCCUGGCAGCAUUAACAACAGCGGAAAUUCUCGUAUGAUGCAGGAAAUGAUAGCCACGCUAGCUCGGCGAAAACAAAGAUUGCUUGGAGCCAACGAUUCUUCCCCCGAAACGCCAAUAAAAUCUCAAGCCCAAACUCAGGGCUCGCAAAAAUCGCUACAAGAGAUGGAAUCUUCACCUAGCCUAAGCAUUUCUAGAAGGAACUGCCAGGGUCCAAGCUUUAAUCCAGAUACUGAUAUUGGCUCCGGAAAUAUUUACAAUAAUAAUCUUAAGGAUAGCGAAGCGUGCUCGUUCAACUCCGCGACACAUUUAAAAAGUACGGAGGUCAGUUUUAAGAACUCCCCGCAAUGCUUUAACAAUAACAACCAUAAAAUUGAAAAUGGCAAUGGCCCGCAAAACACGGGCAACGGUAAUUUCGUCAAAAAUGGCCAAAAUCUAACCACCCUCAACCCUGAGGUUAGUCCCAAAAUUUCCAUCAACGAAUCCAAAAAAUCGAUUCUUCCACCUCAAAGAUCCAGAACCAUUACAGGUACCGUCAAUUCCGUUACCUCUCUCCUUUCAUCCGCGUCUUCCUCUUCCUUUUCUUCCGUUCAUUCUGCCGAAAUGUACAAUAACAAUAAUUUAUCGAACGGUGGCGUAUACGCCCUCAAUGCCAACACCAAUAAUAUUAAUAACGGCGACGCGAACAAGGUGAAACGAACUGAGAGCCAACUCUCGACGAUGUUCGAUAACGGAAAUGUUGUCGAAGGAGGGACGCAAAGCUCAAACACAUUAACUAAUCAACCGCUCAUGAUCGAUUCGAAUAAUUCUGGCGUUUAUUUUAACGGAGGAGAUAACUAUACGAGUAAAACUUCUCCACCCAUCCUUAAAAGAAAUGGACAUGAAAACUUGAAUGGAUUCCUUAAUUCUUCGUUAAAUAACAGCGUUUUAGAGACCAUGAAAUUCGAAAUUAUAACCGAAAUGAGGAAAGAGUUGCAAUGUUUCAAAACCGAAAUUCUAAAUGCAUUACAACUCGAACUGAAGAAACGUUGAAAAGUAGUGGUUCGUUAAGCGGCGGAGGAAACUUUAUAAAAACGCGAAUUUUGUAAAAAGAAAGAUUUCUACAAAUUUUUUUUUUAAAUUAUAAAAUAGUUUUUUAUUUUAUAAAAAAAUAUUAAAUUAUAAAUUUAAUUUUUAAAAUGUUCUUCAAGUCCAAAACAAAUUCUUUUCUCUCUCAAAAAGCAUUUACAAUGAUAAGAGUCUCAAUUGUAUAUUUCUUCAAAUUUUUGUGAUUUUUUUUUCUCCCUUUUUUGAAUGGUAAAAAUAACCAAAUAUUUUUUAAAAAAAAUUGCGGUACCAAAUAAAUUUAUAUGAAACAAUAUUUUUCCAGUCAUUUUUUUUUAAAAAAAACCAUCAUUUUAUUAACAUUAUAAUUGCAUAGGAAUUGGGGCAACUUGGAAUAAUCAAUUUAUUAACAUUUGAUAGGAGUUGGGGCAACUUGGAAUAAUCAAUUUAUUAACAUUAUAAUUUGAUAGGAGUUGGGGCAUUUUGGACUACCACCCCUAGAACUAGUGUUGUUAAACGGCUGUUUGUCAGCCGAUUUUUAUAAAACGGCUAAUUCAACAUUAUAGCCCUAAGCAUCGAUAUUUCGCCAAUAGAUGUUCAAUCCUAUAUGGCAUCUAUGAGCAAAAUCUUCAGGCCAGCACAUUAUUUAUCUGGAUAAAAUAUUCGAGUUCGCCGUUUUUUAAAAAUCGGCUCAAAUUGAGCCGUUCAACAACACUACCCGGGAAUUUGGACCAAUAAUUUUUUUUUAAAGCCACCAUCUUAACACUUGUUUUAACCGAUAUGCACCACCUUAUUAAUGAUAAUUUAUUUUAUUUAUCGCGUACAAAAAUAUUCGUUAGAAAAAAAAGGCAAUAUAAACCAUCACUCCCUUAUUUAAACAUGUAUAAUAUCCCAAAUAUAUAUACCCUUCCCCCUUCUACUUCCGAAAAUAAAACCCCCAUUUUUAGAUUUUUAUUUAAAAAAAA